AUGGGGAUUGAAGUAGAAUCAUGGAAGAUGUAUUUUGAUGGAGCAACAAUUCAAAAUGGAAGUGGCAUUGGAGUUCUCUUAAUUUCUCCAAAAGGGACACACAUUCCAUUUUCUGGCAGACUCAACUUUCCUGCCACCAAUAAUGCCACUGAAUAUGAAGCUUGCAUCAUAGGGUUACGAGCAGGCCUAGGCUUGGGGGUGAAAGUGUUAGAGGUGUAUGGUGACUCAGUUUUAAUAAUCUCCCAAAUUCAGAAUAAAUUGAAGAUCAAAGAAGAACGGCUAAUGUCUUAUCAUGAAUGUCUUCAGAAUUGGACCUCAAAAUUCAGCAAGAUCCAAUAUCAAUAUGUGCCAAGAAUGCAAAAUCAGAUUGUAGAUGCUUUAGCAACCAUGGCAUCUAUGAUGGAUGGGCCAAAAGAAGAUGAAGCCAGACCAAUAAUGGUGGAACAAAAAGAGGAACUAGCUUAUUGCAUGACAAUAAAAGAAGAUGGGGGAAAGAAUGAAGAAGGUGAAUGGUAUUUAGACAUCCUACAGUACCUAAAGGAUGGCAUAUACCAGAAAUCUAUAGACAAGAAUGACCCAAUUAACCAUCCGGAGGUUUUCUACUAA